AUGAAUGCCGUUCAUGGGGAAGUUCUUAUGCCUGUCGUAGGACUUGGCACAGGAGGAUACGGAUUACCCAAUGGUACGGGAGGCGAAUUUUGGGGACCUGAACAAGGUCAUAAUGCUACAGUUGCAUGGUUGAAAUUAGGAGGCCGACGUAUUGACACUGCCUAUAGUUACGGUUCACUGAAUGGAGUCGGUACGGGAUGGGUGGCUAGCGGCAUACCUCGUUCCGAAAUAUUUAUCACGUCGAAAUUGAUUACAACUAGUUAUGCUAAAACCAUGGAAAAUUUUGCUGAUAUCCUCAAAUCUUUACAAACUGAUUAUAUCGAUUUACUUCUUAUUCAUUGGCCAGGUGGUCAACCAAAUGUACCUGGACCAUAUCCUCCUUGCAAGCAAAGCAAAUCAACUUGGACUGAUUGUCGUAUCGAAACAUGGCAAGCUUUACAAAAAUUAUUUGAUCAGGAACGUGUACGUGCGAUUGGUGUGAGUAAUUUUCAAGUCAAUCAUUUAUUAGACAUUUUUAAUUUAAAUUCUUCUAUUCCUGCUGUUAAUCAAGUUGAAUUUCAUCCUUAUUGGCAUGAAGACGAACUUCUUGAUUUUUGCAAGAAACAUAAUAUUACUUUUAACAGUUAUUCUCCAGGUGGUGCACCUGAUCAUGCAGUAUGGUUUGAUCCCUCAUGGAAUCCUAUUCCAGAUCUGCGUAAACAUCCUAAUGUUACUCAAAUCGCACAGAAGCAUGAUAAAACACCUGCACAAGUUAUAUAUCGAUGGGAUUGGCAACAAGACAUUGUUAUCAAUCCUCGUACUCGAAACACCACACACAUGAUGGAAAAUCUAUCAAUAUUCGAUUUUGAGCUUGAUGCUCAAGAUAUGAUGACUUUAGCUUAUCUCAAUCAUCCAACAAUGAGUAAAGUGUGUGGCGAUCCAAGACUUAUUUUAUAA